CCACUCCUCUGCACCAGUCCGCCGCGCCCGCCAACCGCUUCGCCCCUCUUCGUGUCUCUGUACGGCCUGCCCAGGCUCCACCUCCCCGCGCCAUGGCGUCCCGCACAAUCUUCGAUCCAUCCACCCUCCUGCGCAUGUCGCCCCUCCUCGCAGCGACAUGUACGCUGUGGGCGAACAUCGACCACGCCCUCUUCCUCGACUUUGCGCCGACCCCCAAGUCCUCUUCCCGCCCCACCUCCCCCCUUGCCGCCCUCUUCUCCCUCUACGAAGCAAACACGACGGGGCUUGCCGCCGUCGUCGGCGCAGCCCUCAACCUCGUGCAUGCUUCGCCUCCACCGACCACUCCCAACCCCGCGGCCUUGGGCGGCGCAUCUGCCGCUGCUUCGGCAGCCUCCGUCCUCGCGUCAUGGCGUGCAGGAGACUGGACAGUCGACUGGCGCGCACCGCCCACGCUCUACCUCGCCGGCCUCGCGCUGACUGCCGCCCACCUCGCUGUCCAGCCCUACCUCCAGCGCGUGGUGCGCGAUCUUGCGUCCGCGCGCAACGACUUCGAGCGCAGGCGUGCCGGCUGGCGAUGGCGGCGGGCUGUGUUCGCGCGCGCCCUCCUCCUCGACCUCCCGGCGUGGGGGUGCUUCCUAGGCGCGGCAAUGGGGAGUUUGCGCCCCGUGUCGGUGUAAGUCCCAAGGGCACAACCUCCCCUCUCGUCUCUUAUACACCGACGGCAAACCGAGCCAGGCAUCAUUCCACCUGCAGUCGCUGCGAGACACACCCGGCGUCGCGCCUCUGGCAAGACGUGCCUGUCGCUCGUCACCUCCCUCGAGGCGCGCACCCCUUCCAUCUCACACUUUCGUCCCCAUCACAUUUCAACGUCUCGCACGCCAUGCGCCACCAUACGCUCACACAUCGCACUUUACAAGCCUCCAUCACGCAUCUUGGGACCAUCGGCUCCUUUGAAUGAAUCUAUGCAUAUUACAAUGACC